AUGACCUCAAAUAUGAUCGAACAGGGUCCUGGUAAUUUCCACUUGUCCAUUGACGAGUCUGUAUUUUCGGCUCUUUUGGAAUGUGCUUAUUCUGACCCAAAGCAUCAGGUUAUUGGUUAUCUUGGAGGAAAAUGUAGCAUUGGCAAAUCUGAUAUGAUCAUAUGUCAUGUUAGUCAAUUUGUAGCUUUGGAAAGGUGUAUUCCUUCUCUACUGACUGACACAGUGAAAGAGAUUAAUCUGGCUUAUGAAGAAACAAUCAAAAAAUUUAAGGAUAUGGGACUAAUAUUAGUAGGCUGGUAUCGAAGUAACAUCUCAUCUAAUUCUAAUUCGAUUAUUACACAAGCUGAUAUUAUAAAACAACAAAAAUUACAAACACAACAUCCAAAUAGUGCUGGUAUUAUCAUUUCAAUAUCUACAACAGGAUUUCCCUCACUAGGUCCAAAAGGACAAAUAUCAGAUGGAAUAACUAACACAUUUUGUAUUUUUAGAACAUCUGAAAAUACCAUUCUAAAUGACUUUGAUGCUAUUAACACACCAUCACAAGGUACCAAAUCUAAAAAUGGUAAAAUAUCGAAAGGAAAAGGCAAGGAGUUGCCUAAGGUCAACAGGGUAACAUUUAGUGUAAAUAAACAAUUAUAUACUUGUCCAAGUGUUAUGCAACAACUUUGUUGCGCAUUGAUGACAAUUCUUCAUGAAUCAAAACAGGUAUAUAAUGAACAAAUAUUGGAUUGCGAGAAUAGAAUUGGUCAAAAGGUAUUCGUUGACUCACAAUAUGAAUCGUUUCUUUUGAAUUUUUUGAGAAAAUCAGUAGUUCAGUUUGAUAGGUCAGUGGAUCAAGAUUUUAGAUCAUUAUCAAUUGCAAAACAUCAUGCUAAGAUGUUAAUAAGUAAACAUUUGAAUGAAACAUUGGGAAUAUUACAACAAAAUAAGAUUAAAGAUGAAAAUCAAUUAAAUUUAUGGCGAAGGAAGCUUGAAAAAUUGAUAGAAAAUAUGGCAAUGCAAAGAUUAUCUAAAAAAGAAAAGGAAAUGAAAAAAAAUAAUCCAUCAGAGUUUGAUUUAAAUAAAUGGCCUAACUUGAAAUCGUCACUAGAGAAUGCAAAUGGUUCUGAUACACUGUUAGGAUAUAAAUUAUCAGAAAAUUUUAAAGAAUUUACUAUAAAAAAAAAUGAACUUGAUUUAAUGAAUGAAAAAUCUGGUGUAUCACAAUCACAUAAUAUAAUUCUUUUGGAUGAUAUACCCGAGGAGGAGGCUACUGCUCUACCAUAG